AUGGCCUCUGCGGCUAAUUCUUGGAGCUUUGAACGUAUGCCUUAUGGGAUAUUGAGUCCGAUGGUCCAACAUGCCUAUUCCCCGGCAGAACGACUUCUUCGCCAGUCCUAUGCUCCCACGAAUCGCGAAUUAGCAGAUUUUAGCAGUUAUCCACGUUGCGAAGUGACGGACAAUGAUGAGAAGUUUGAACUUGCUAUUGCCGUUCCGGGUAUUGAUUCUAAGAACAUCGAUGUCAGUGUCAACGACAACAUUCUUUCAAUCCAAGGUCACCAAGAAUCCAAGAGUGGGACGUAUAGCUUCACAUCUACAUUUUCUCAGAGCUACACGCUAGAUCCGACUGUUGAGAGCGACAAGGUCAACGCAAACCUCAACAACGGAAUACUCGUUAUUUCGGGCCCCAAAGACUUGGAAAAGCUAGGGAGGCGAGUUCGAAAGAUUCCUAUUUUGACCGAUAGCUCUAGCCUUGUUCAAAGCGGUGAGCAAACAUCUGAUGUGGCACAGGAUCACAAAGAAAUCAAGAUUGCAACGAACGACGACACCAAAUAG